UAUCUAACUCCCAACCACCAGCCGUCCAGUCUAGGUGUGCCGCCCCAUGCCACCUUGCCAGCACGUUUGCAUGCAAGAAAAGGCUACACACCUACCUAUUCCCUUCGAAUAGACAGCACAGGGUGCUAGCACGGUACAUCCUACACUUUCUCUUUAUCCUCUUCCAUGGUUAGCUUCUUUGCCUGCAGGACACACUGUUGCUGGGUAGAGCCCAAACAUCGAACAAGAGCUGCGCUCUGAAGAAGCCUUUCAAGGGGAGAAAACAACCGCCGCUUCGUUCAGAUCAAGGUUCAACGCUCUUUCCUGGGAAAAGGAGCAGCUGAGGAUGGAGUUUGGCUAUGGUGGUGAGCUCAGCGUAGCACAACCUCGGCGGCCUUCUUCCUACGGAACACAGCGACCAUUGGUUGAGACAAAGUUCUCAGGGUGUGGAGAGAUAUCGCAGCUGCUUGCUGAUGUCAUCUAUCAGCAGGGUGUUGUUGUGAAAGUCCUUGGAGCUGGUGAUCCAAACAGCACAAGGAUAUCUGCUAUGGUAAGUGCUGUGUGCAGGUGUGAAAUUGAUGAUUUUGCUCUGCUACCCUUUCGUCCAAAGAUGUAUAUUGUUCUAUUCAUGGAUGCUGACAAGCAACAAGAAAGGGCUGAAAUGGCCUGCAAAAAAAAAAAUUCACGUUCAAGACAACUCGCCUCGAGUUUGAGCCUUUCAAGAUGAAUCUUCAUAGUGUUACAAACCCACUGCGUCAAAGGGUUAUACUUGCCCUUGAAGGAGUGCCGCCGGAAUCAUGGAAUAAGCAGGCCAUAACAGAGCUAAUGGACAACAGUUGCAUGGUUGAAGAGUUGUAUGGAGAGCACCAUAUACAUGACCUUUCUGUUUUCAAGCUAGCUGCCUGGACCACCGACUGUGACCUUAUACCCAAGGCGAUUAGAUGGAACAUUGAGACCAAACAGGGAGCACGAGCAUCAGCCAAUGUUAGCUGGAACCACAACGCAGCUCACUCUCUGAUUCUGGUACACAUGGAAAAACUAUUCGACUACACCGACGAAGACAGUGGCAGUGAUAGCGAUGGUGAACUUCUUAGACAAUAUGAGCAGCAAAGGCCUUGCCUACCUGUUGUCAAGACAUUUACCUGGGUAUCCUGUCAAAUUGACCUAGACAAUGGACCAAUUGAAGGUGGUCCACCGGCAAUCCUCCCACGUCGUCUUCCUCUCGAAUUUCGCAGGCAUGGCCGUCAGUAGUCUUCCGCAUGAUUCCUUGCCUAUUUAUCUAUGUUAGUUGUGAUGCUUCCAUGUAUGCUGUUAUAACAUGAUCUAAAUUAUGUAUUGUCCUUCGCGAACAGUGUUCACAUCCAUUUCAUGUAUUUUUUUCCUGCUUAAUCCAUUAUAGUUACUAAUCACAAACUGAAUGGUCUGAAUGACAAUGCUAUAGCCAAUGAAAUGAGUAGGCUCUUCAGGUCUUUCUAAUGCUUUCACAGAUUCUUCUUAUCAACUUCCUCCUUUUAAAGCACCGGUAGGGCGCCGCGAAGCGCGCCGCAAGUUCUAGUAGUAGUUAGCGUAUACGACUAAUACCAUUACCAUACAUGGACAGAUGGACUCCGAAUCCGGCUUAACUGCAGUCGCGCGUACAUAUACAAGGCGGCAGAAGGAAACAAUCGAAUCGAUCGAGUUAGGAUUGACCGAUGGCGUCCUCAUCGGCGGCGGCGCCGCCGCUGGCGGAGGAGGACAUGAAGCUGAUGCGCAUAGGGAGGACGAUCUUCCGAUCCCAGGAUUUCUCCGGGACGUGCCGGAGGGACUCCUACUGCAUCCGGUGCGGCGUCGCCUUCUGCUCCCACUGCUGCCGCUACCACCACCGCCACGCCGCCGUCUCGCGCUGGUACGACCCGCUGCUCCGCGUCGACCUCCACGGCGGCGGCCGGCCGGUGCUCCCCACGCGGACGGCGGACGGGCGGCACGCGCUCCCGCGCGGGGUCGCCGCAUGCAUGGCCGCCCAGGACUACACGUCCCGGCUGCCCCGGGACGCCUUCUGCCUCCCCUGCGGCGCCUCGUUCCGCGCCGACCUCUGCCCCCACCACGGCGCGCACGCCGACGCGGCCACCGGCGAGCCCCUCGCCGACGCCGUGCUGCGCGGCAUCGAGGAGCACGGCGGCGGCGGCCGGCACUGCGUGCGCUGCACGGGGUCCGAGUGGUGGGCGGACCUCAUGGGCGUCGUGCUCGGCGACCCCGUGCUGACCGGCGUCGACGAGGAGGGGGCGUACUACGAGCUGCUCCCGGUGCUGAAGGCGACGGAGAGCAAGUGCCUCCGCUGCGGCGACGACAUGGAGGGGAAACUCCGGAUUGGGUUCUACUGCUCGCUCGACUGCUUCCGGGAGGACCAGCGGACCAUCGAGGAGAGGAGGCAGCGGAGGGUGGCAAUGCAUGCCGCGCGCCACUCCGGCAACAACUGAAGCUUUGAGCUAGACGAUCUAUGACCUAGCUGGUACCCUUUCUCGCUCGCAAAUUAACCUGUAUAUAGCUUCUCUCUCUUUUAUUUCACUGUAUAUUUUUUUUCUUUUAA